AUGCGUCAUCCCGUACAUCUGCCCACACCGCAGGCGGUUGAGUCGAGUAGAUUGCUUGCAGUUCAUACUAAACCAGAGCACGCCAUAACCGAGUUCUGGGAGCACGUGCUCCGCCUAAAGGUCUUCCCCGGUAGACAGUCGUCCCUUCCCUCCCAGCAACCGCCCACGGGUGAUGCCAACGAUCUUCGUCGCGUCAACGUAUUAGUGAGGAAUAUUGAGGAUGAUACUGUUCUGCUCCUUCUCGAGGCUAAAAGAGCCAAUGCUACUCGCGACCAGAUUGAAGCCGUUGAAUACCAAGCCUUCACCGCCUGCUGCGCCCAUCUCUUUCAAACGCAGGAACAGGCCAUCUCGGGAAUGACAUGUGUUGAUUCCAAGGCCAGAAUAUGGGCGUGCAAGCGCAAUGACGACUACGAAACACCAUUUUGGCCACCCGGAGAUGAGCUCUCGGAAAUUGGCCAAGACGCCGAAUAUUCCACUCGCAGUAAGGAGCUCGUGGAAGCCCUUGAGCAUGUCAAGAAGAACCCUAUUCCAGACAAGGUCAUCUUUGAGAACACACCGUCGCUAAGACCACUUUCCGCUACGUCUGUCGCAGAGUGGUCGAUGGAGCCCGCGUGA